AUGGCAUCCGAUUCCAAUAUUCAUCGCCCAGCGAGCGUGCAAACCCUCGCUUCUACCCCGGCGCCAAUUGAACUUUCUGCCAUUCCCAACAAAGCGACCAGCACGGGCUUUGAGCCGCCAUCUUUCGAGGCUGAUACCGCAGCUGUCGCAAGGCCCGCAGCGUUCCAUCUAUCCGAGGCCGACGACCAUGCAGAUAUCGAAAGACAGGGUCCUCCGCGUUACAGCGUGGAGGACGAUCCAUACCAGCUCUCCUCAAAGUUAAAAUCCCCCCGAGAGCUUGACCAGAUCAAAGCCAACAUUUCACGAAAACGGAGCAAGGGCUGCGGUAGCUUUAGCGUGGCGAGCAACUACUGGAAAGGGAAUCAACUUCAGGGUUUCUAUGAAAAUCAAAACGAAAACAUUGAGAGGUUGCUCAAACCGGUCGACGAGCAUCGUCGGGCGGCGAAAGAGGAACAGGGUGGAAAUCAACUCAAAUACAAGAUUGCGGUUCGAGGAAGUUUCGCUGCGAAUAUCAUCCUGGCCGGCUUGCAGGUCUAUGGUGCUGCCGCGUCGGAAUCGUUGUCUCUCUUCACCACCAUGGCCGACGCCUUGUUCGAUCCCUUGUCAAACCUGAUGCUUAUCCUGUCCAACCGCGCUGUCAAUUCUGUUGACCCGCGCCGCUUUCCCUCCGGCAAAGCCAGGAUUGAGACUGCUGGAAACAUCUUUUUCUGCUUCCUCAUGUGCUCCGUCUCAUUUAUCCUCAUUGUUCUUUCGGCUCGCGAUCUGGCGGCGGGCUCCGAUACGAACACGCUGCAUUUCCAUCUUCCCUCGGUCAUUGCCGUCGUUGUAGCAUUCUGUACCAAGCUUGCGCUGUGGUUUUACUGCUAUUCGCUGCGCAACAUCUACUCCCAGGUCCGCAUCUUGUGGGAAGACCACCGGAACGACUUGAUUAUCAACGGCUUCGGUAUUCUUACCUCGGUCGGUGGCAGUAAACUUCGCUGGUGGAUCGAUCCCAUGGGCGCCAUUUUGCUCUCUUGCCUCAUCUCGGUCCUGUGGCUGAAGACAGCAUACCAAGAAUUCCAACUGCUGAUUGGCGUUUCUGCCGACACUCAGAUGCUGCAACACAUUACCUACAUCUCUAUGACGCACUCUCCGAUGAUCUCCGCUAUCGAUACUGUGCGCGCCUACCACAGCGGUCCCAGAAUCAUUGUCGAAGUCGACAUCGUCAUGGAUCCAAACGAGACGCUGCAAGCCACUCACGAUGUCGCCGAGGAGUUGCAGACGAAGCUUGAAAGCCUCCCUGACGUUGAGCGCGCCUACGUUCAUGUCGACUACGAAACAAGUCACAAGCCGGAGCAUUUUCUGAAGAAGGAAUUGUAA